AUGUUAUUACUCACAGAUUUAAAAAUACUUGCGGUCACUAUGCUCAUCAAAAAUUCUACGUAUACCAGUCAUCCGUGUCGAUUCGAACUUUUCAUCUUACGACGUGGAAGUUGUGCACGUUUCUUUGUUAAUCUGGCAGAUUUCCAUGAACUGAAGCUAAAAAUGUAUAUUUAUAUAUGUACUUCGUCUGUGCUGCAAUGCAAAACCUGCCUAAAUCGGUACAACAAGACAUAACACAAAAAUGGUAAUGAAGUCCUAGGAUCCUAAAAACGUGAGACAAAAAAAUACAUUGCAUAUCAGCUAUUUCUAUAUCUAUAGCAGUGGCUUUUACGUUAUUUUAAUGUUGGUGGUGGUCUUAACUAAUCUAAAAUUCUAACCAAUCCAGUUCAACUCGCCUACUAAACAAAACAAUAUGGCCGAUAUUACGCACAACAGCAAGUAAAUGGAGUUGGGAUGUACUGGUAAAGUUUAAUAGCGAUCAAAAUUGCGAUUAAUUUUUCGUUAUUGACAUGAUUAUUGUACUGUUCCACGUGCUUUAUCUUUUCGGCAAAUUUGUAUACCAAAAUUAUCGAAUGAAUAAGCAAAAAGCUAUUGAUGACGCGAUGAGCAAGGAGGUGCAGUUAAAUAUUUCUGAACAAGAUUAUAAAAUGAGAGAUCCUGAAGCACCGCGAGAUUUCGAAGAAAAGCCUAUUAGAUUCUCCCCACCGGCAUACAUGCAGAGAUACAUUGCUGUGAAAGAUGUACUUCAAAGUGCAAAAUAUCAAGGAAAAAUACGCAAGAUCGUUGAUUUUGGAUGCGGAGAUUUUGGCUUUUUUAAUUACAUGAAACGUACAGAGGGCAUAGAAGAAAUAUUAUGCGUGGAUGUUAAUAGAGUAGUUUUAGAAGCUUUCCACGAAAAGGUUGCUCCUUUAGUAUCAGAAUACUUAAAUAGAAGACCUAAACCUCUUGUGGUUGAGGUAUAUGAGGGUAGUGUUAUUCAAAGUGACAAGAAGCUAGAGAACACAGAUGCUGUAAUAUGCAUAGAAUUGAUUGAACAUUUGCAUCCACGUACAUUGGCAAAGGUUCCUUACAAUAUCUUUGGAUAUAUCAAACCAAAAGUGGCAGUGAUAACAACCCCAAAUGCAGAUUUCAAUGUAUUGUUUCCAAACUUUUUUAGAUUUAGACAUCAUGAUCACAAAUUUGAAUGGACCAGACAACAAUUUCAAGAUUGGGCUGAAAAUAUUACUUUAAGAUAUCCUUAUUAUACAGUAACAUUUGAAGGAAUUUGUAAAGGCCCAGAAGGUUCAGAACAUUUAGGAUGUUGUACUCAAAUGGCUGUAUUUCAUCGUGUUUAUGAAUUUGAAUUUUGUAACCCUGGUAUUGAAAAUUUAUUUAAAUUAGUAACUAGAUAUGAUUACCCAUUUCAAAUAGACAAUCGAUCAGAUGAAGAGAAGAUCCUUGAUGAUGCUACAUAUUACAUUAGAUAUUUAUCAUCCGACCCUGACCUGGAAGAAGAAAUUCCGUUACAUACAUUAUUACGUAUGUUAUAUAAAUUUCGCAUCUCUGCGGAUGCAUUGCAAGUAAUUUUAGAAGAGGCUGGUUGGUCGAUUGAAAAUCGUGAAUUUGGACCAGUUAUAUUAGUACCGCCAGUUUCUUUACAUUCUGAUUCUGACAGUUCAGUAGAAGCUGCUAUUGAGUGGAAUAAUGAAAUUUCUGCUGAUGAUGAUGUUUGGAAUUCAGAACAUGGACCACCUAUCCCACCAGAUUCCAAAUUUUUUCAACAACGCUCUUCAAAUGUACCGGAUAAUGUACUGGAUAAUGAAAUUUGGGAUGAAGAACCAAGUAUUGUUAUACCACAAAAUAAUUCUAUUAUUGAAGACAAUAUAUAUCUCUAUGAUGAAGAAAAUGUUUUGUUAAAUAAUGAAUCUGAAACGACAAGAAAUACUGAAAUUUCUGAUAGAUACAGUGAAAUUAACAAUGAAAUUAACAAUGAAGAAAAUUUAGAUCCAAUACUUGGUACAGAUAAUUUCAAUAACUCGUUUGACAAUAAUGAUGCGUCAUAUGUAAAUGAAUCAACAGAACUAUCUGACUCAUCCUUAACAAAAAGAUUUGAAGAUUUUUAUACAUCAGAUACGCAAAAUAGUGCUACAUCAAGUGCUACUACAGUUAAACUUAAUCGUACAUUAGAUCUUCCAAUUUACAUGUCCGUUUCACGGGCCUCUACUUCACCUGAGCCAUAUCUUUUAGAUGCUGUUAAAAUGGACCGCGAUUUAGAAAAUAAUAGUAUGUCUAAUCAAAGUAAUUACUGGUUGUUAAAUAAUUCACUCGAUCAAGAAAAUAUAUCAGUUAACAGCAGUGUAGAUGUAAAUGACGAAAAAAACAAGAAAUCAUCAUUGAAACAUAAUUUUAACGAUUGUAUUCACUUACACAACAAUUAUUUAAAUACAUACAAAGAAGAUGGAAAUUCCGAUAUUGAUGCUAAUGCCGAAGCAAAUACAAACUGCUUUAAUCAAAGCGUCCAAGAAGAUAUUAAUACCUCAAAAACCAGUUCUUACUUAGAAGAUGAAUUGCAAUCAAACAGUAGUGUAAUUUUUGCUAAUAGUAUUCCAUUAGACAAUCAACCACAGUUUACAAGUUCACCAAAGACAGAAAUUAAAGUAAAUAGCAUAAAUAAAAAGCGAAGAUCUCUUGAUUAUAAGGAAGAGAAAAAUAGUACCAAUUCGUUAAACAUAACGCAGAAAUAUGAAUUAACAAAUCCUAGCAGCGAUAAUUUAUUAAAAAAUAGAAACGAAGUGCUUUUGCAUAAUAACAAUGAUAUAAAUAUAACAAUUAUAUCAACUGUUAAUUCAAGAGAUAUUUGUACAGCUGUUAAUUCUGAUAUUUCUACAUAUCAGAAUGACAUAAAAAAGAAAAGUGGAAACGAGUUAAUAAAUAAUGCUAAUCAAGAUACGCUUAUUAGUAAUAAUAUAGCGACAAUAUCUUGUACAUUAAAUAAGAAUUUGCUUGAUGCAAAUUCCUUACGUAGUAUGAAAAAUGAUGAAACAUUACAAACAGAAACUAAAGAAAUAUUAGCAGAAGAACAAAAAGAGUUUCUUGCAAACACAAAUAAUGUACAAUCAGUAAUUGAUACAAAAAUUCAGUUAAUGAUUAAAUCAGAUUCUACAGAAUUUAUUAAUGAUAGUGAUGGAAAGACUGAAUUAAAAUCUGAAUUACAUGAUGAUUGUGAUUUGUGCGUUAAAAAUGUAAAUAGUACCAAAAUGUCUUGUAAUCAUGCCAAAGAUAUUAGUAAUUUAGAAAAUAUCACUUUAGUAUCUGACCAUGCCAAGAAUACAAGAGAUAUUGAAUCUACAUCAGUGUUGAAAAGUAAAAAAUUAAUUGAAUUUAAUGUAAAAAAUCAUGAAUCAAAAUGUAAAAAUACAAACCCAAAUAUUGGGGAAUUCGAAUUAAAACCUUCUCCAGAAACUGUGGAAUCACCUCCAAACAGUUGGUCUCCAGAAGUAAUGGAUUCUGGAUAUCCAAAUUCCGCUUCCGCUCAGGAUAUGACACCGGAAUACGAUCUGUCAAGUAUAGCUCAAGAUCAUAUAUCGGAUUCUGAAUCUCCAAGUAUAGCAGAAGCACCAAGACUUGAAAUUGCUGACGUGAUCGAAGUUGAAAAUGGUGAUCUUGCAAAUAAUAACAGAGAUGGUGAAGGUAAUAAUAUGAUGGCUGUAGAAUUGAACAAUUUGGAAGAUUUACAACCUUUAAUUGAAGUACUCGAAAAUGAUAUUGAAAAUGAAAAUGACAUUUACGCAGUAGAGAAUGACUUUCCUAUAUGGUUACUCAGAAUACUUAAUAUGGCCAAUCCAGUUGAAGUUGAUAUACAGGAUCACAGGGAACUUGCAUUUCCAAACAGAGUAGCAGGUAACAAUGCAAGAUACGUAAAUAUGGAACAUGACGAAGGUUUUGAUAGUAGUUCUGAAGAGAAUAGUGAUUUAGAAAAUAAUGAAAUGAGAGAUAACGUAAAUGACGCUAAUGAAAAUGCGCUAAUGAAUAACGUCGAAAACGACAAUGAAAAUGCUUCUAAUAGUGAUAGUGGAAGCGAACAAUGGGUUGUAGAUCACACGUGAUAUUAUUGAAAUAAUAAUAUAAAUGAUUUCACAUAUCAAGUUACAAUACAUUUGAAAAGUCUGAAAAUAGAGAUGUGAAUUAUUUUUGAACGAUUUAUUAUUGCUUAUUGAUCUUAUUUCUUUCUUUUUCUUUUUUU